CUAUCAAUUAUUUUCUCAAUUGGUUAACGAUUUGCGGUUCAAAGGUGAAAAAAAUGUGAGGAAUUAUUGGAAAGACUGGUUGCCUGUUGCCGAUAUGACAAGCUCAGAAAAAAGCCGGAAUGAGUACAGGCCUUCGGCCAGCUUGAUUCUAGCGGGCAGACAGACUCUUACACUCAAGGAACAGUACGACUAUAGCCUUUUGCUGAUCAAGCGUACGGAACACACGUCCUAUGCACUGAACCACUGCGUCUUUCCGGGAGGUGUGUUUGACCCGAAGGCGGAUGAAUCCGACGAUUGGUUAGCAUAUUUUCACAGCUGUGGCGUCACAAAGGCGCAACUGGAACUGCUUAACUGUCAACAAGCCACUGGCAGACCAGAAUUUUUAGCUCAGGGUGGGAAUUUCACGCGGGAUAUAUCUUUGCGUCUGACCGCGCUUCGCGAGACUUUCGAAGAAGUUGGCGUUCUAUUGUGCCGACCGAUCUCCAGUCUGAAAGACAUAGACACUGGCCAGACAGCCCAUGUGCUGCUGCAACCAUUUGACCGGGAGCUUUGGCAGCAGCGCGUUCACAACGAUGCCCAACAGUUUCUGGAGCUGUGCAGACAAUUGAAGGUGAUACCCGAUAUCUGGGCACUGAGCGAAUGGUCCGUGUGGCGCACACCAGCCUCGGCCAGUCGGAAAUUCGAUACGAUCUACUACUUUGCUGCCCUGGAUACGUGCAAAGUGGCUUUAUUGCUUGAGCCCAAUGAGGUGUCAUCUGCUCACUGGCUGCAUCCAGGCGACUGUUGGCGUCAAUCGCAGGAAGCCAUUAUCUGGCUACCAUUUAUGCUGCUUUACGAGACGGCACGUCUCAUGAACAUGCGUCGCUGGCUGCAGCUUCUGCAGUUCGCCCGACGUCGCAGUAUUCGUGGCUCAACGCUGCUCCAGCCUAUCUAUUAUCGCUGUGACGGCGCUCUGCUAGGCGUAUUACCUGGCGAUGAGCUCUACUUGGAUCAGCCGCACAACUGCACGGAAUCCAUCCUAUUGCCAGACACAAUAAACGUUGUCAACAAACGUGCCAAGCGUUAUCAUCGAUACAUCAUUUACGACUUUAACAGAGUCGACUUGGCCUGCAAUUUGGUGCCACUUGAUGGACAUUUGCCACUCCAGACGCUUGUUAACACUCGGUUUUCAAAACUAUAAUUUCAUUGUACCUGAAGAGCCCGAGAUUUAAUUAUUCAGACAUAUUUUCAGAGUCGCAAAAAUCAGUUUUUUAUAAGUUCAACACUAUUAUUAAAAUUAAAUUCGUAAAAAUACAAAAAAUAAAUUCAUUUCAAUUGUA